AUGCGCUACGUUUCUAAACGAGGCAGGCUUGGCACCGGGAACGUCAACCGGGUGUUCAUCUUCGAUCCGGCCAUGCUUUCUCAUCUGGAGUUAGCGUCUGCCAACUAUGGAAACCUGACAACUCUGAAGAAGGGUCUGCUCUUCACCGGGCACAUCAUGACGGGCCAACCAACCUCGAAAGCAAACUUGGUCGUUCUCUCCGAUAAGCGUGCCUUGUCGAUAAGCGUGCCUUGUAAGGACAUCAAAAGCGAGCGAAUCGUCAUCAAGCCGAUUGAACAGGAAACCCAAACCCGGGGCGGCAUCCUGCUCCCCGACACCGCCAAGGGAAAGCCCCAGGAGGGCGAGGUCAUUGCCGUUGGCUCUGGCCGCGUCGCUGACGACGGCUCCCGCAUUGCCAUGGAACUUACCAUCGGCGACAAAGUCAUCUACUCCAAAUACGCCGGCACCGAAUAUGAAGACGACGAUGAUGAGUACCUGAUCAUGCGUGAAUCCGACGUCCUGGCCAAACUGGACUAG